AAAUAUUAACUGCUGCUCGGUAUUGUUUGUAUAUUUUGUGAGGAAAGUCUGUCAAACAUGUCUGGAUUUCUUGAUAAUUGCCGUUGGUCCUGUUCCGAUGGCUGUGAACUCGGGGAUAGACGAAACAUGGUGGCUUCUAUUAUAGCCGGGGUUUUGUUUUUUGUAGGUUGGUGGAUCUGUAUCGAUGCUGCUGUCAUCUACCCUGACAAUACCCAGUUGAACCAUGCUUACUACGUGUGUGGAGUUACAAGUACGUUAGCCUUUUUCAUGAUCAAUUCUGUAUCGAAUGGUCAGCUGCGAGGUGAUACUUACACCAGUGGUUGUUUGGGCCAAACAGGUGCUCGCAUCUGGAUUUUGUUUGGUUUCCUGUUUGCAUUCGGUUCACUGAUUGCUGCUGCUUGGAUUUUGUUCGGCUUCUACGUUGCUACAAACCAAGAUGAUGACUGGCCAGGAACUGCCAUAUUCUUACAGAAUGCCUUUAUUUUCUUCAGUAGUAUGGUGUUCAAAUUUGGUCGUACAGAAGACUUGUGGGGUUAAAGAACAGACAGAGGCAUCAGGAUGCCCGUUCUUUCCUAUCUCUCUCCAGUCUUUCAAUAGGGAAGCGUUUGAAAAAAAAAAAAACAAUCUAUCUGGUGACAAGAUCUUACUUUAUUUAUAUUUCUUUACAAUAAUGUCUGCCAUAAAAAACAAAAAAAAGCCUUUCUAAUUAAUUAUAUACAUAAUUCUUCAUCUUCUUAAUUGCUUUGUUUGUUAACCCCCCCCUCUCCUCCACCCCCCAUCUUGCAAACUGGCUCUGUCUGCUACAAGAGCUAUUAACAGUUCUGUAUUCUCUUCUCUUACAAACAUCACCUUAAUCUCAUUCAUCAUGUUUUUCUAUGCUUAUAAUGAUAAUACACAACUGUUUAAUAAUAAUAAUAAUAAUAAUAAUUGCUAUUUAAAACAUUCGUCACCCCCCAAACAAAACAAAAGAAAAAUCAAAAAUUGUAUUUAUUAUAAUAAAUGCCUUGUGGUGUUAUAUCUCUUUACAUUCUGAAUUUUAAUCCCACCGAAGAAGACUACCAUUCAUCCUUCUGAGGUCUAUAAGAGUAAUUAGCCAUUAAAUACUGGGCUAGAUUAUAGUUGACUAAUUAGUUAAUGAGAUGGACAUAGCAUAGAUAAUAGAACAGAGAGGAUUAGCCUAAUUGCAGUAUUAAAACUCACGUUACACAUUUCCGAGUUCAAAUCACACAGGAAGCCGUUAACUUAAACAGGAUCGACUCCACGGGAUUGUGACUAGAUUUAUUAACCCCUUUAGCACUCGGAUUAUUCUGCGAAAUGGAGCACUUAUUCCUUCGCAUUGUUUUGAAUUGACCGCACGUUCUCUUCUAGCUUUGAAAUUUCAGUGAUGUGAUUAGUUUAUCUUUAGAAUGACAUUGUAGGGUAGGUGUGAGAGGCUGGAUCUGGCCAGUUUGAACAGGUAGAAUAUUUUGGCAGGUUUAAAUGCUAAAGGGGUUAAUUAAUUGACCAAGAACAAAAGGAGUUGUCAGCAGUUAUUGGAGCACCAGACUAGAUGCCUUUAGUUAGUGUCACCUCUGCUUCCUGUCCUAAUUCUAAAUACAUCCAGGAUAGUGAAAUGAUAGAAAUACAAAAGCCUAUAAUUUGUAACUCCAUUCCAAUAAUUAACCUUGUUGUUUGACUUGUGAGACAUAGCAGCUAAAUCUCCCUCAGAUCACACCCUAGUAAUUUUAAAAAAGAAAAAAAAAAAGGGACACAUUGAAUAAUGUAGAUAUAUACAAUUCUAAUUAGGGAGUCCCCUGUCCUUAAUUCACCCAGAACAUUCUCAAUAUUUGCAAUGGUCUUUUCUGCUAGUUGAUGGGGCACGUUGAGAAGUUCCUGUUUAUUUUUAUACAAGGACGUAAAAGAAGUGAAAUUAUUACAACUGGGAUGACACAAUCAGGUUACAGACUCAGCUCACCAAAUUAUUCCAUUAUAUACGUGUAUAUGUAUAUAUGUAUAUAUCUUUUGGCUGACAAAGUGUUUGCUUUAGUUGAUGGCAACAACCAUGGUGAGCUUUUCAAAGGUUGUGUUGUUGUGGUAUGAGCUGAGUCUGUGACCUAGUUUGUUAUUCCUGGUGUUAUCUUACAAAACCAACCAUUAACAUCUUAUCUUCUCAUUUCUCCAGUCAAAAAAA